UUCUGCGCUUUUGUAAAUGUAGAUCGUAUGUUUCGUCAUUUGAUUAAAGCGUUUGAAGACUUUGCAGCGCGCUGACACCAAUCGGCCACCGUAGCUUAGCAACCGAAUCAUAACAAUUCUUUUCCGUUUAGAGUUUUCAUUUGAACAUUUAAAGCAGCUCAGACUUGCAGUUUAUCAGCAAGAGAGAAGACGCGAAAGAUGUCCAUCGUGAAAACCACCGUGAAUCUCCAGAGGAUUGACUGGCUGCUGCCGAAAGGUGCAGUCAGUGUGCGGAUCGCCCCGGAAUACAUCCCCGGUCCAGUUGGCCGAGGACAAACCAGUUCCAGUGAUGCUGGCCGUCGGAAGAAGUGCCGCACCAGGCCGCCGGCAGCCAGCUCCCUGACCACGUCUGCCUCUCCUGGAUCUGCUGCCAUCCCGGUGGCAACCAGCAGGGGUCAGCAGGGCACAGGCCGCCGUAGAAAUACGGCGGGAGGCCGGUCAGGGCGAAGAAGGAGGUAUGACCAACAGAAGGGGUUAGAGCCUAAGCCCAGCUCACCAACCUUCUCCUCCUCUUCAUUUUUAUUUUCGUCUUCAGCCCCCUCCUCUUUUGUUUCAUCCCCAUUUCUUUUUAUGGGCUCCUCUGUUUUAUCCCCACACUUAGUCACACCUGUAAGCCCAGCUCCACAUCCAUAUUCAGCUCCAGGCCUGGUUCAUCUGACCCAUCUGCUUCAGGCUCCAGCACAGGCUGUAGCCGCCUCAUCUCACCUGGAAAAAUUCUAUUGGUUGUAUAACUAUUAUGUAACCAAGUACUCUAAAAUGACCUAUGACGCCAAGUGCUUUACUGAGUACUGGUGUCAGGAGUUUUGGAACAGACAUUUAAAUGAAAUUAACUUAGCGAAACAGGGGAAGAAUGAGGAUAAUGAGGGUACUCAUUCAUCCAAGAGGCGUAGGAUUGAUGAAGAUGAGUUCAUCUUUCCUAUUGAUGCACUGGAGCAGCUAAGUACCAUGCCCAGGGCUCAGGAGAUGGGUGUGGAAAUGGGCUAUCAGUCAGAUGCACAUAGCUACAUUUCCCUGUAGAUUCAGCACAUAAUUACACGAGAGUUGUCAUACAUACUUAGGAUAAGAUAAAAUUAGGAUAUGUUACCAUGUAGUUCUAUAGCAUAAGGUACUAUAGGAUAAGCUUAAGAUAGGAUAAGGUUAAGAUAGGACAAGUUAAGAUAGUCUUAACUUGUAUGCCAUUUUAUGUUUUACAAAGACAUGAUAAAUUACCAUAAGUUUAGGAUAAGAUUAUAUGAGAUAACAUAGUAUAAGAAUAAGAUAGGAUUGCAUAGCAUAAGAUAAGAAA